AUGAAAGAUGCUAAAAGUACUCCAAUACCAAUAUGCAUCGGAGCAAACAAAAUAGAGACAGAAGAUGAAGAAAUAGAUUUUAAUAAUUCGUAUUUUCCUUACAGAGAACUUAUAGGGUCGCUAUUAUAUGUUGCUAAUAAAACUCGUCCUGAUAUAGCAUUUGCGGUUAAUUUUUGUAGUAGACGAGUGGAAAAACCAACAAAGCAAAAUGUCAUUAAUGGAAAACGAAUAUUAAGGUACCUGCUAGGGACAUCAAAUUCAGGUAUUAAAUUUUAUAACAGUAAUCUGCAUUUAGAAGCUUAUUGUGAUGCUGAUUAUGCUAAUGAUCCACAUACAAGAAAGAGCACAACAGGCUAUAUAAUCUUUCUAUGUGGAGGUCCUAUUACAUGGUCAUCAAGACAACAGCCCAUAGUUGCCAUGUCAUCAUCGGAAUCCGAAUAUAUAGCUGCUGCAGAUUGUUGCCGGGAGUUAAUGUACCUAAAAAACUUAAUUAGUGAGGUAGUAAAUGAAGAAGUUAAUGCAACGCUUUAUGUAGAUAAUCAAAGUACAAUUCAUUUAAUUAACAACGGUAUUAUGAACAGAAGAUCAAAGCACAUCGAUGUCAGAUAUCAUUAUAUACACGAAAAAAUUAUUUCUAUUUCUAUUAUUGCCGCAGGUAUAUUCGUGGUGGCGGCGAAGCGGACUCCAUUUGGACGAUUGGGUGGUCUGCUGAAAGACGUCCAUCCUUCUGACCUGCUGGCCGUUGCCGCCAAGGAUGCCUUCAAAGCCAGCAACAUCGCACCGGCUCUAGUAGACAGUGUCAACAUUGGACAAGUAUAUGGAUUGAGUGGUACAUCAGACGGUGGCUUGUCGCCACGUCACGCCGCUCUGAAGGCCGGGGUCCCGCAGGAGAAGCCCGCGCUAGGUGUGAACCGACUGUGCGGAUCUGGGUUCCAGGCUAUUGUGAAUAGUACACAGGAUAUCCUGACAGGAUCGGCUCAGGUGUCACUAGCUGGUGGUACAGAGAAUAUGUCAUUAGUACCAUUUGCAGUUAGGAACGUCCGCUUCGGCACCGCGCUCGGUGUUGGCUACCAUUUCGAGGAUAUGCUGACCACCGGAUCCCUGGACAGCUAUUGCAACUUCACAAUGCCGCAGACGGCCGAGAAUCUAGCAGAAAAGUAUGAACUGAAGAGGAGCGAAGUUGACGAAUUUGCGUUACAGUCUCAACAGAAAUGGAAAGCCGCAUACGAUGCCGGCGUUUUCAAUGAAGAAAUAUCCCCUGUGACUGUAAAAGUGAAGAGACAGGAGGUGGUUCUGAAUAAAGAUGAGCAUCCACGUCCCGACACGGUUAUCGAUGGACUCAGCAGACUGCCCGUGCUGUUCAGGAAGGGGGGUGUUGUUACAGCUGGAAAUUCGUCAGGAGUUAACGAUGGUGCUGGCGCUCUGAUCCUGUCCAGCGAGGAGGCUUUGAAGCAACACAGCUUGAAACCGCUGGCGAGGAUUUUGGGCUGGUCCUUCGUUGGGGUAGACCCGAGCAUAAUGGGCAUCGGGCCAGUCCCCGCCAUACAGAAUGUUCUGUCCGUAACGGGACUCAAGCUAAAUGACAUCGACUUGAUUGAGAUCAACGAGGCUUUCGCUGCGCAAACACUGGCCUGCGUGAAGGAACUGGGCCUGGACCGGAGUAAGCUGAACGUGAACGGUGGUGCGAUCGCCAUCGGCCAUCCCGUGGGCGCGUCAGGUGCUAGGAUCACCGCUCAUUUGACUCACGAACUCAGACGGCGUGGCUUGAAAAGAGGAAUAGGAUCUGCGUGCAUCGGCGGAGGGCAGGGCAUCGCCAUAUUGAUCGAGGCUGUGUGAUGAACUGCGAAUACUGAGAGUGCAGCGAGUUAACUAUAGACUGCGAUAAUCUAAGAUUAUGUUAACCUGUACUUACUACCUGUAUCAGCAACUUCGUCCGCGUGGAACUUAACUUUAUUUUUCUAAAAUAAAAGUAGCCUAAGUUACUCCUCA